AUGUCUCAUCUAGCUACCCUCAAAACAUACCUCCCAUGGAUCCAAACACCCCUCGUAGUCAACGCUCCGAUGAGCGGUAGCGCCAAAAGUAAGCUGGCGGUUGCCGUCACACGCGGCGGGGGCCUAGGCCAGAUCGGCUUCCUGGAUGACAUGCAUGAACUAUCGACCGAGCUCGAAACGACCAAAAAGGCCCUCCAGGAGUCGAACUUCGACAUCACGAAGACACUUCCCAUCGGCCUGGGCGUUAUCGUCUUCGGCUCACAGAUGGAUGCUUGGAUGCAACUCCUUGAGACAUACAAGCCGGCUGUGGCUUGGCUUUCCUUCGCUGAUAACGAUACACUGAGUCAGUGGACGGAAAGCAUUCGCAAGUAUUCGCCUGAAACUCGGGUGUGGGUGCAACUCGGAAAUGUGGCUGCCGCAGUCGAUGUAGCACGGGCGUGUCAUCCCGAUGCACUUGUUUUGCAGGGCGGGGAUGCUGGAGGCCAUGGGCAUGAGAAUGGUGCUAGUAUUGUAUCUCUCAUUCCGGAGGUUGGUGAUGCACUUCAGGAUCUCGGACUUGGUGAUGUUCCUCUCAUCGCCGCUGGUGGAAUUGCCGAUGGGCGGGGUUGUGCUGCAGCGCUGACUCUUGGCGCGGCUGGGAUCGUUAUGGGAACGAGGUUCCUUGGUGCCGAGGAGACAUUCAUUCCUAAUGUUUAUCGGGAUGCGAUCUUUGAGGCGUUUGAUGGGGGUCGCGCAACUGGCCGAUCGCGUAUCUUUGAUGAGGUCUGGGGUCCCAACUUUUGGCCUGAAACUUAUGAUGGGAGGUGUCUUAGGAAUAAGGUAUAUGAUCACUAUAAGAAUGGGGUUGAUAUUAAGAAGAUUCGUGCUUUGAUUUCUGGGGCGAUGAAUGGUCCUGGUUUUGGGAACUUGGAUACGAAGGAUAUGGGGAAUAUUUGGGCUGGAACGGGUGUUGGACUUGUCAAGAAGCAAGAGAAGGCGGGGGAAAUCAUGGAGGAGGUGAGAGGAGAUGCUCGAAAAUAUUUGGAAAGGGCCUCGUUGUAUCUAUAA